AUGCCAUCAGCUGGCCUUGAGAUCCUAGGGAUGACCCUCUCUGUGCUGGGCUGGCUAGGUGUCAUGGUGGCCUGCUUUCUGCCCAUGUGGAGGGUCGCAGCAUAUGUGGGGCAGAACAUCGUGAUCGCUCAAGUGGUCUGGGAGGGCCUGUGGAUGAGCUGCGUGGUGAAGAGCACAGGCCAGAUGCACUGCAAGGUGUAUGACUCCAUGCUGGGUCUGCCCGAGGAGCUGCAGGCGGCUCGCGCCCUCACCAUCAUCUCUAUGCUGCUCUGCGUGGUGGGCAUCUGCUUGUCAGUGGCUGGCGCCAAAUGCACUAACUGCACGGAGAGCGAGGCCAGCAAGCCACGCAUUGCCCUCAGUGCUGGAGCCGUUUUCAUCACGGCUGGCUUGCUGCAGCUCGUGGCCAUCUCCUGGACCGCCAAUGUCAUCAUUAUGGACUUCCAUGAUCCGCUGCUGGAGGAGGCGCAGAAGCGCGAGUUUGGGAACUCGCUGUAUUUCGGAUGGGCUGCCUCCUGCCUCCUGAUUCUGGGGGGUGGCCUGCUCAGCUGCACCUGCCCGAGCAAACCUCCGACCCAUGUCCUGUCCACAGUGGAAUACUCCGCAGCGAAGCCUGCGUCUUCCUCCAGACACUAUCGGAAGGACUAUGUCUGA